AUGGUCAACUUCACCGUCGACGAGAUCCGGUCCUUGAUGGACAACCCAAAGAACAUCCGUAACAUGUCCGUCAUUGCCCACGUCGACCACGGAAAGUCCACCCUCACCGACUCCCUCGUCCAGCGCGCUGGUAUCAUCUCAGCCAAGAACGCCGGCUCAGCGCGAUUUACGGAUACUCGAGCAGACGAGCAAGAGCGUGGUGUCACCAUCAAGUCGACCGCCAUUUCGCUGUACGGUCAGCUUCCUGACGAUGAGGAUCUCAAGGACAUCCCGGUCAAGACCGAGAAGAACGACUUCUUGGUCAACUUGAUUGACUCGCCUGGUCACGUUGACUUCUCCUCUGAGGUCACGGCCGCUCUCCGUGUCACUGACGGUGCGCUCGUCGUCGUCGACACCAUUGAAGGUGUGUGCGUGCAGACCGAGACUGUCCUGCGACAGGCGCUUGGUGAGCGUAUCAAGCCAGUGGUCAUCAUCAACAAAGUCGACCGUGCCUUGCUCGAACUCCAGCUCUCCAAGGAGGACCUGUUCCAGAACUUCUCUCGUGUCAUCGAGUCCGUCAACGUCGUUAUCUCCACCUACUACGACAAGGCCCUCGGUGAUUGCCAGGUCUACCCAGACAAGGGCACCAUCGCCUUCGGUUCCGGCCUCCACGGCUGGGCUUUCACCGUCCGUCAGUUCGCCGCCAGAUACUCCAAGAAGUUCGGUGUCGACAAGAACAAGAUGAUGGAGCGUCUCUGGGGCGACUCUUUCUUCAACCCAAAGACCAAGAAGUGGACCAAGGUCGGCACUCACGAAGGCCAGACGCUCGAGCGUGCCUUCAACCAGUUCUGCUUGGACCCCAUCUUCCGCAUUUUCGACUCUGUGAUGAACUUCAAGACCGAUGACAUCCCCAAGCUCCUCGAGAAGCUCGAGAUCAAGCUUGUCGGUGACGAGAAGGACCUCGAGGGCAAGCAGCUCCUCAAGGUCGUCAUGCGCAAGUUCUUGCCAGCCGCUGAUGCGCUCAUGGAGAUGAUGAUUCUCCACCUUCCAUCUCCCGCCACGGCCCAGAAGUACCGUAUGGAGACUCUCUACGAGGGUCCACCAGACGAUGAGUCCGCUAUUGGUAUCCGCGACUGCGACCCCAAGGGCCCUCUCAUGCUUUACGUCUCCAAGAUGGUGCCGACCUCCGACAAGGGUCGUUUCUACGCUUUCGGCCGUGUGUUCUCGGGUACCGCCCGCUCUGGUCUCAAGGUCCGCAUCCAGGGACCAAACUACGUCCCAGGCAAGAAGGAAGACAUGUUCAUCAAGGCCAUCCAGCGUACCAUUCUUAUGAUGGGUCGCUACACCGAGCCAAUCGAGGAUGUGCCAGCCGGUAACAUCUUGGGUCUGGUCGGUAUCGAUCAGUUCUUGCUCAAGUCUGGUACCCUCACCACCUCCGAGACCUCGCACAACCUCAAGGUCAUGAAGUUCUCCGUCUCUCCUGUCGUGCAGCGCUCCGUCGAGGUCAAGAACGCCAACGAUCUGCCUAAGCUCGUCGAAGGUCUUAAGCGUCUCUCCAAGUCGGAUCCUUGCGUCCUGACCUACAUCAACGAGUCUGGUGAGCACGUCGUUGCUGGUGCUGGUGAGCUCCAUCUCGAAAUCUGCUUGAAGGAUCUCGAGGAGGACCACGCCGGUGUGCCGCUCCGUGUGUCCGACCCAGUCGUCCAGUAUCGUGAGACUGUCGCCGGUGACUCCAGCAUGACCGCUCUGUCCAAGUCGCCAAACAAGCACAACCGUCUCUACGUCACCGCCACCCCUCUCAGCGAGGAGGUCGCCAAGGACAUUGAGAACGGCAAGAUCGGCCCACGUGACGACUUCAAGGCUCGCGCCCGUAUCCUCGCUGACGACCACGGCUGGGAUGUCACUGACGCCCGUAAGAUCUGGUGCUUCGGCCCAGACACCAACGGUGCCAACUUGCUUGUUGACCAGACCAAGGCCGUCCAGUACCUCAACGAAAUCAAGGAUUCCGUCGUCUCUGGUUUCCAGUGGGCCACCAAGGAAGGUCCAGUCGCUGAGGAGCCUAUGCGCAGUGUCCGCUUCAACAUCAUGGAUGUCACCCUCCACACUGACGCCAUUCACCGUGGUGGUGGUCAGAUCAUCCCAACUGCGCGUCGUGUGCUCUACGCCGCCGCUCUCCUUGCCGACCCAGGUCUCCUCGAGCCCGUCUUCUUGGUCGAGAUCCAGGUUCCAGAGCAGGCUAUGGGUGGUAUCUACGGUGUGCUCACCCGCCGGAGAGGUCACGUCUUCGAGGAGGCCCAGCGUCCAGGUACUCCCCUGUUCAACAUCAAGGCCUACCUUCCCGUCAACGAGUCCUUCGGCUUCAACGCAGAUCUCCGCUCCAACACCGGUGGCCAGGCUUUCCCCCAGUCCGUCUUCGACCACUGGGAGGUACUUCCAGGUGGCUCUGUCCUCAACAAGGACACUCCUCCCGGCAAGAUUGUCGAGGACAUGCGCAAGCGCAAGGGUCUCAAGCCCGAAGUUCCUGGCUACGAGAAUUACUACGACAAAUUGUAA